AUGCUACCACCCUACAUACUCGCCUGGUUACUCAUCCCCCUCCUCCUCUCCAUCGCCGCUCGCGGUUACCCAGACCCGUCUCCUUCACCUGCACCGUUUUUCGGUGUCGGUUACCCCUCCAGGGCUCUCAGCCGGGGUCCGUCGUCCUUGCCUACCACCCCACCAGCUUUCAAUACCCCAGAGCCAGAGGAGGACUACGAGGUCGACAUCCUCCCGUUUGUCCUCGUCUCUAGCAUCGAUGGUGCCCUCCAUGCCGUUGACCGCGAGAGCGGUGACGUCCGUUGGACCCUUCGUGAUGGCGUUCAACCCUUGGUCGGAGGCAAAGUGCAUGGCAGGCCAGAGGACGUCCAGUACGUUGUCGAGCCUCUGAGCGGUAGCCUCUACGUCUACGAGGAAAACGAGGAACAGCCAGGCUCGCCCAAAGUUCGCAAGCUUCCCUUCUCAAUCGAACAACUUAUCGACCUCUCCCCAUUCACCUUUCCCCAGUCCCCCAACCGUAUCUUCACUGGAACCAAGCAUACGUCGUUGAUCACACUGGAUUUGCGCACUGGAGAGCGACUCGACUGUUUCUCAACGCACAACCCCAUGGAGAAACUCUCGUCUCCAGGGGUGUGCCAGUCGGACCCCCUCGACGACCUCGAGGGCCGACCCAACAGCGAGAUCUUGUUUGUUGGCCGCACCGACUAUUCACUUGUGAUCACCACCCCACCCACCACGGUCGACUAUUACUCGGCCACCGCCACCCUCGCGGCUGCAAAGACCAAGAGCGUCCAGGAGAUUACCUACUCCACCUACACUCCCAACAGCUAUGACCGCGCCCUGGCCCAAUACUGGUCGCGUACCGGAGCCCAAAACUGGGGCGAGGGUAAGCGCAUUCGUGUGGAGCUGGGAUCAAAGGGCGAGGCUAUCGGUGUGCAAGAAGGUGUGGGCCAGAAAUGGUACUCGGCGCUUGAUUCCGUGGGUGUUGCAGUUUACGAUGUGGUGAUUCCUCUUUCUCCGGCUUCAAACACGGCGGUUAUUCUCCCUCAACCCCGCGCACCUGCAGUAAAGGACCUGUUCCCCAGUCUUCCUGCACACCAUCCGGCACUCCUUGGUGCAGCCAAGUCGCCCUCCACCUACAUUGGCAAGGUCGACUUUCUCCCCACGUUGCCGCCCGUGCCUUCCUCAGACGACAACUCGUCUGAAAAGAUUCCCCCCGCUGCGGCGGACCCACGCCCACUUUUGUUUGCGCAGUCGUCGAGCUCGUACCCCUUGGUCAAGGUGUUUGACCAUCCUCCCAACCCAGUUACCAAGAUCAACGGCACGUUCAUCCUUUCCGACGAGCUCCCAACCUCAGACGACCUCUUGCCCGCCAAUGGGGGUCUUGGUCCCCUGGAACGCCACGCCCGAGAGCAGCGCCUCCUCGACCCUCCCAAGGAGGAGAGUGUCAGGAUCUCUGCACCCGAGUCUACCGAGGCGCAGCUCGACCUGCUCAUCCGACAGCGCGAGGACGAGCACCGCCGUUGGUGGUGGAUCAUGGCCGCAGAGGCCGUAGGCGUGGUGGUCACUGGUAUUGCUGUCUACCGAUGGGCAUUCACCAAGGCUACCAAGGCCGCGGCUGCAGAGAAGCCUCUGACGGACCAAAGCGCUCUCCUUACACCACUGUCGCUGGACGACGAGAAGCGGGCCGCUACACCCACCGUGCGCUUUGAGGCCCUUCCUGACACGGGCUCAAACGGCGGCAACUCUGACACUCCCAAGAAGAAGUCGACGCGUCGCCGUGUCCGUGGUAAGAAAAAGCGCCGCAACUCGGUCGGCCCUGAGCUUGACCGCGACGAGGCGGACGGCGAUGGCGACGGUGAUGGCGACGACGCCGAGAAUGACGGCAUGAGCUCGACAUCCGAUGAGCGCAGCAAAUCGGAGGAGCGCAAGGUCGAGAAGCCUCUGCCCGAUCUGCCGCGCAACCCAUCGUCCAUCUCGGUCCACGACCACGACCAGCAGGAGCGCCUCGCCAUUUCAGACACUGUGAUUGGAUUUGGUUCGCACGGCACGGUUGUCCUCAAGGGAACGUGGGGCGGCCGCCCUGUGGCCGUCAAGCGUCUCUUAUCCGAUUUCGUUCGUUUGGCGAGCCAAGAGGUCAAGCUCCUGCAAGCCAGUGAUGACCACCCCAACGUGAUUCGAUACUACUGCCAGGAACGGAGAGACAACUUCCUCUACAUCGCACUGGAUCUCUGCCAAGCAUCGCUCGCCGAUCUCAUCGAGGCGCCCGAUCGUCACAUGGAGCUGGCCACCGCGCUCGAUCACAAAAAGGCGUUGCAACAAAUCACUGCGGGUCUCAAGCACCUGCACGGCAUGAAGAUUAUCCACCGCGAUAUCAAACCACAAAACGUCCUCGUGUCCAAGGGCGCGGAUGGCUUGCGCAUGCUCGUGUCUGACUUCGGCCUCGCCCGACGACUCGAGCAGGGCCAGUCGUCGUUUGCGCCCACGGCCAACAAUCUCGCCGGCUCGCUGGGCUGGCGUGCACCCGAGUGUAUUCGUGGACAGGUCAAGCUCAACGAGGGCUUCGACCCUGUCCUGUCGUGUGGCUCUUCGGGCAGCACGGCCUCGUCGACGGGUUCACUCGUCGACCUCACCGAGCUCGUCGACGGCGAAAAGGUCAAGGGCCCACCCCGUGCCCGCCUCACAAAGGCAGUCGACCUCUUUGCCCUUGGCUGCCUGUACUUCUGGGUACUCAUGAACGGCGAACAUCCAUUUGGCGAGACUUACAACCGCGAGUCGAACAUUGUCAAGGGUGACGCUGUCAACAUGUCCAUGCUCAGCAUCCUGGGCGAGGAAGGUGUCGAGGCCCAGCACUUGAUAGGCAGCCUCCUCUCCACGGAGCCCUCUGAGCGACCGGACACGUCCGAAUGUCUCAUCCACCCCUUGUUCUGGAACCCUGGCAAGCGACUGGCCUUCCUGUGUGACGCCUCGGACCGCUUCGAAAUUAUGGAGAACGACCCGCCCGAGUCCACUCUGGUUCUUCUCGAGACGGACGCCCAGUCGGUCGUCACACGAGACUGGUACGGGCGCAUGGACCGGGUCUUCACCAGCAGUCUCGGCAAAUACCGCAAGUACAAGGGCAACACUGUCCGCGACUUGUUACGAGCCAUGCGCAACAAAAAACACCAUUACCAGGACCUCGACCUCAGCGCCCAACGCCACUUUGGGACACUACCGGCCGGUUUCCUCAACUACUUUACGUCCCGCUUCCCCCGGUUGUUCUUGCAUGUCUACGGCGUCGUGCGUGACUCGAGGCUCCGCCACGAGCCCAUGUUCGACUCGUACUUUCAAGAAUAG